CCGACCUGUUCUGUAGGAGAGGGACACAUGACUCCGGAGGAAUUUCCCCCGCGCCUCCUGUUCGUUGUGCCACUGGGUUCUCUGGGGGGUGAGAGAGCCAGAGAGGCGGCCGAGAAAGAGGCGGACGGAGAGAUGUCGGAGCCGGCCACCAAUCCCGCUGUCACCUCUUUCCCAGGAGCCACAAUUUCGCUGCCUUUGGGACUGGAAGUGUUGAGGACUUACUCUGGGGCGCUGAUCUGCUUAGAAAUUUUAUUUGGUGGUUUAGUAUGGAUCCUGGUGGCUUCCUCCAAUGUGCCAGUCCCUCUGCUGCAAGGGUGGGUGAUGUUUGUAUCCGUCACUGCCUUCUUCCUCUCCUCCGCCUACCUCUUCCUCCUCAUCACUGGCCUGGCUGACCGCAUCAACAUCGACUGGAAUUUUUUGGAUGUUUUUUACCAUUUUUUAGCUUUGCUUUUUUAUUUUGCUGCCUUUGUGCUGGAGGCAGCGACAACGGCAGCCAAUGGAGGAGCCAUCAUCACACCCCUGCCAAACAGCACAGGAACUGUUAUGUGUAUCCACUACCCUCGCGGAAAUGUAUUCACUGUGAUGACUGACAACCAGUUUAAUAUUAACGUAGUGGCCACGGUGAGUAAAAUAUGGUUGGAAAGCCUUUCUAAUUGGGUGUCAGUGUCCAUCCAUCCAGGCAUGAUCCGAGCCGCUUCUCCUCAAGAGGGUUGCGGGUAUCCCACCUGUCUUGGUGCAUUAGGCGGGGUACACCAUGAGCUAAUUGUCAACUGGACAUUAAAGAACAACCAUAUCACUCACAGUCACACCUACGGACAAUUUAGAGUUUCCAAUCAGCCCUACCAUGCAUGUUGCUGAAAUGUGGGAGGAAACCGGAGUACCCGGGAAAAAAAAACGCAGAAGAACAUACAAACUCCACACAGGUAUGCCGGAGCCAGAUACAAAUCCAUGACCUCCGCACUGUGAGGCGGAUGUGCUAAAUAGUCAUGUGUCAGUGUAUAUCCUGAUACUGAUAAUGGUGAUGCUGCUGCUGUGGGAAGUAAAUAGCUCAUUCACACAGAGGGUUGUCACAGACCCAGCUCCUCGAGCUACUGUACAUGUGCCACUGCACAUGCGCAAAUCACGUGAACUAAACUUUUUGUUAAAGUAAUUCAAUCAUAAAAAAUAACACAUUUCUUUAAAAGAAAAAAACUACUUUGUGGUCUCACAGAAAUUAAUAAUAGUUGUAAAGUUCAGGAGUGUCAAGCCUGCCGGGAAAUAUAGGCUUUCCAGGAUGUCCUGGGUCAUCCUUGGGGUGCUUCCUCCAAGUGUCCGGAACACCUCACCGGGGAGGCAUCCAGCUGACCUCCUAACAAGAUGCCCGAGCGACCUCAUCCUUCUCCUCUCAAUGCGGACGGCUCGACUCUAGGCCCUUCCCGGAUGACUGAGCUUCUCACCUUAUCUCAUAGGGACAGCCCAGCCACUCUUGUGUCUGCUUGUAUCCAGGAUCUUAUUUUUUCACCCACGACCCAGAAGUUGUGACCAUGGGUGAGGGUAGAAAGACCAAGAAAUCGAUCGCUUUCCCUUUCAGCUCAGUUCUUUCUUUACGGCGACAGUCCAAUCCAGGGUCUGGAUCACUGCAGAAGCUGCAACAAUCCGCUUUGUAGAUCUCCCGCUCCAUCCUCCCCUCACUCAUAAACAAAAUCUCAAGAUACUUGAACUCAUAGUUAGAUAGAUAGAAAUUUAGGUUUGGUUUUCAUAAUGAACACUACCUGCGUAGAACCUGCCGCUUAUCCAAAGCUCAUCCAUGUGUUCAAACGGUAUCGAAAAUGGAUGGAUAGAUGGACAGUUUAGUGGAGUUCUGUGGCAGCUUAGAAGUCCACAACUUGGAAUCAAAUUCUCAUCAGAAAUUUGCCUUAAAGCAAUCAAACUGAUUUGGGAUUUAGCUAGCCGGUACAGUUUGCUGUCCAUCAAGUUGAUUGAUAUUUUCUCCACAUUCUGUUUAUUUGUUGUUUGUCACAGGUAUUUGCAUUUGUGGUAACCCUAUUCUACAGCUGCAGUUUGGUGAUGGCGUUCAAGAGGUGGAGGAUCUAACCUGAAACUCAAACUGAUUUUUCACCUGUUCUUCACCAACAAGAGGAACAUUCACAAUACAACAAUACAGUAGCUUCAGAAAUCAUGCUUCUAUUCAGUGUGAAGUUGGAAUGCCCUGUUUUCAGUAUGAUCCCUUUGUAAUUUUUUAAAAGACUUUAUUAAUCACAGAAUGACGUUUCUGAGGUCCCUAACUUCUAAACAUGUUGAGCGGUGAAGUGAAGGGAUAAGAAAAGAUUGAAAAAUUUUGAUAUCUAGUAUGGCAUGUAUGUGAGUCAUGUUUUGACUCUUAUUUUGCAACUAGCUUUUUUAUUAAUGUUAGGCACGUUUGUGAUGCUUAUGCAACUGCAGCUUUUUUUCCCACAUCAACACUGUAGCUUCCUUAUUCUCCUGGAUUCACAUCCUCACUGAGGAGAAUGUUUCACAACUCCAAAACAAGUGAAACUCCCUGAGGUGUGCUGCUUUUUUGACAUGCCCAACAGAAACUUCACAUGCUUGGACAAUUUCUUGGAAAGACCCUUUAAUACAGUGGUGCCAAAGGAAUGGAAACUCGCUUCACAAUGAACAUGAUGUGCUUUUGAAUUUUUAAAUAGUUUUAAAUGCAUGUUGAAAUGGCAUUUUUUUAUUUUUUUGAUAUGUAACAAUUUGUCAGAUGACAUCAAUGUGUGGCUUCUCCUUAUCAGAUUAAACACCAAACCUCCCACUAUUGGUGGUUUAAAGAAUUUUAACAUAACCCACCAUGUACAGUUGUCUUAUACAUACUAAUUGUUCAUUAGAUGACAUCAUUGUUUAUCUUCUCCUUAAUGUAUAGGAUUAAACAGUCAAGCCAACCAGUUUCGGCGUGUUUUAAAGAAUUUUAACAGUCAAUUUUCAUCAAGAAUAAAUCAUGAGAAAUAUUCAAUCUAUUAGGUUUGCUUGGUGUCCCUAUUUAUUAUAAUUUGUUCGAAUAAGUGGAGCCAAUCACAGUCUGUAUUACAAUAGUAAAUCAUUACUAAUUUAAAAUAAAAUGUCUAAAUGCU